AUGAUUUAAAUAAAAGUGUUAGAAAAAGAGAAUUUAAGGUGUUCUCAGAAUCAUAAUGCUCUAAUUUGUUCAAUAGAUGUAGAAAAAGAUGUUUAGAUGAAUGAGAGACUACUAUGCAGUGAAUGCAUGCUAAAUAUUAGAUCAGAUAACCAAAUGUUAGAUUUAAAUAUUAUUGAAUCAUAAAUUGAAAACAAUAUUAAAGAUAAUCUACAAAAGAAAAUCUCAUUUAUAUCUUAGAAAAAGGAACAACUCACUAAAUUAUAUAAUUAUAUCGAUCAAUAGAAAUCUACAUUUAAUAAAACUAUUGAUUCAAUUAAAAUUGAAUUAAAUUAUUAGAUCGAUAGUUUGAUUGCUAAAGAGUAAGCUAAUUAUACAUAUAAUUUUAUUUAGGAAUUGGAUAAUUUUAUUAAUUAAUCACAAUCUCAUGAAAAGGAUUACGAAUUAUUAGUUGAAUCAUUUAUUAAGUCUAAUAAUGCAUCAAUUAAUAAAAUGCAAUUUAUAUUAACCAAAUUCAAUUCAGACUAUAGAAAAUAUAUAACUUAAAUUAAAGAUUCCUUAUUAGAAAUUAUUUAAAUUUAAUCCCCUAAAAUCACUCUCAAACCUAUUAAUAAUCAAUUAAAAUAAUAAUAAGAUUGUUGGGCCAUUGCAUUUAACUAUACUGGAUAAAUUAUGGUUUCUGGUUGUUCUAAAGAUAUAAAAGUAUGGGAUUUUAAAGAUGGCUAGAUUUAAGAAGUUUAAAAAUUAUAAGUUCAUAAAUAGACUAUAAGUUGUUUACUUUUUAGUAAAAUAUAAAAUAGUUUCAUUUCUGGAUCAGGUGAUAAUAUAAUCGGAUGUUGGAAACAAGUAAAUGGAUAAGAAUGGAAGUGUUAAUUAUCAUAUGAACAACAUACUGGUUGGAUUCAAUGUUUAUUAUUAUGUAAAAAUGAGAAUAUAUUAUUUUCUGGAGGUUAAGAUAAAACGAUUAAAAUAUGGUAAGUUGAUUUUGAUAAUAAUAAUCUGAAGUUCUCUUAUUCUUUAAUGAAACAUACUCAAAAUGUCUUUGGGCUAUCAUUAAAUGAAUCAGAGACUAUCUUAGUUUCUUGUGGAGCAGAUUAAUAAAUAAUAACUUGGAAGAAAACAAAAAAAAAUAAAUGGGAAUUUUAUUAAAUUGCUAUAAUGGGAAAUAUAUAAAAGUAUUUUAAAUAAUAAAUUUAUCACUUUUAAAUUUAAUAAUAAUAAAAUAUAAUUUCAUAACUUCAUAUUUCAAUCAGUAUAAAUAAUCAAUAAAUGAAAAUGGAGUUACUGUCUGUUUUAUUAAAGAGAACCAAUUUAUUUGGGCUGGUGGAGUUCCAAAUGGAAAAGAUUGUGUAAGUUAUUUUGAAUUAAUUAAUGGAGAGUUUGUAGAAUAAAUAGAAAAAGAAUAACAGUUAAUAGAAUCCUCUGAUGUAUGGAAUUAUAAUAUGUUUCCAAUUUAUUUUAACAAAGAGAAGGAGAUUAUAUUAUUAAGACAUAAAUUUCAUGUUUAUUUACUAACUAAAUAAACUCAUGGCAGAUAUCGAAUUUCAACAAAACUGAAAUUUGAGAAUAAUUACUUAUUCGGAACUAUGACAAAUGAUGCUAAAUUUAUUAUUUUUU